UUUUUAUUAUCAUGAACAUUAUUAUUGUUGUUGUUAUUUUGCUUAUCAUUGUUAUUAUCAUGACCAUUAUCAUUAUUAUCAUUAUAAUUAUCAUUAUCUUUAUUAUUAUCAUACAGAUGCGUUAAUAUCUAUAACCGGAUUCUGAUUUAUUUGGUGUUACGUAUAUCAGUUUCAAAGAAUAAAAAAAAAUUAAAGACUGCCGAAAAAACAAAGGAGGUAUUCGUUCUCACAAUAAAAGUGAAUAUCCUGCAGUCUCCAAACGACCAGAAGCUAUAGGACACCCAAGAACACCGUUAUUCGGAAACGUUUCAAAUCACCGACCAAGCAAAGAAUUUUACUUUCAUCACAGGAGACUUAACUUCCAUACUCCGCAUCAACCUUGACUUUUUUUUCGUCUUCUUCUUCAUCUUAGUACUCGUCUUCCUACUUGAGUUCUGCCGUGCUCUUCCUCGGUAACAGGGUAACAUUCCUUGUGUGUGGCUCCAUGAUCACAGAAGUUUAUUGUCAGUCUACGAGGGCAGCUGUGUGCAUUUUGAUAGCUUUGAUAAAUUAGACGCUAUAGUAAGUAACGUCGGUUUCUAAAUCGCGUAUAUUCAGCGUUGUAACAAGAAACUGCGAAUGCGUAGCUUUACGCUUUUUUGGUCUUCUGCCAUGCCAUUGGCGAUGAGAUUGGCAACCCUGUUAUUCAUAAUACUCAUACCGUACAUUGACAUUACCUAAAUCUACUGUAACUAAAAUCACUAUGAGACAUACUGUAAUUAUAUGAUAAAGUACAAAAAAUACUAUGCUGUGUACGCCAAAAUAUCAAAAGAAAAAUACGGAAGAGAAAUGGGCGGAACCAAGAUAGCAGUUGGUAGUUCCGAGUGGAGGCGGGAAGCUACGUGCAUUUGCCAGUGUACGAUAACGUACCAAAGCAAACGAUUUAGAUGGUUAGGUCUCCAAGAAAACAGAGAAUAUAUUCACAUUUGGCUGUCUUCCUCAAUUAACAUCAGGUUUAAUCAUUCCAAGGAAAGCUGUGUGAUGAUGGAAUGAUGCAGAUGCUACACAUUUACCCAUAUCAGAGCUGCUAGUCUUGGAAUUUCUAAUUCAGGAAGACACGCAACAAGUGUUGAUCCGAGUUUCACGUCUGGAUGUGCAAGUUGCUGCGUUCAAAGGAGUGAAGACAGAAAAACUUCCCGCUGAACUCGGUAAACAGUCGGGUAGGUCGGAGUCGCAGUCUUCAAGGGAAGACCACAUUUACUCUUCUUCCUUGGUAGUGAUAACCAUAUCGAUGGUAGCAAUAAAUUAUAAGAGCCUGUUCCAAUCGGCCCAGCGAAACGACAACCAAGGAAGUCACCAAAGCAUUCACGGCGGAGAAGCGAGCUCAGUGGCGGGUGUGGGUCAGGGGAGGGAACGAGCGGUCUUAGCCACGUUCACACGCUCGCUCGCUCACUCGCACGCCGGUGGCAGCAGUUGGCGUUUCAAUUCCCUUUCAAGGAUGGGAUAUUUCCGUAGUGUUUCACGUGGUACUUUUGAAUGCCAUCGAAUCUCUGAGGAUAUACUUAUAUGUGUCGGUGAAGUUCACAGUCAGCAGGUUGCUUCUGAAGCCAAGAAGUGCCUUCAGAAAUCAAUGCCUCAUCAUCUUAGAAACAUUUGCCCUUCAAAAAAUGACUUCAUGGACGGGAAGAGACGAAAGUCAGAUGGUGCAACUUCAGGAGAAUGAGCAGGAUGAAAUAGGAUGUCGUAUCCACAGGACCACGCUUCUAUCUGGGCAAUGGGAGAGUUGUGAACUGGAGGUUUUCUUGUAGAAGACAACUUUUGUCAGCAUUUCUCUCUUGGUUCUAAUAGCCUCCCGCAAUUUCUGUAGCAGUGAAGUGUAGUAAGCUCCUGUAAUUGUAAUACUUUUUGCCAAGAAAUUUAUCAAUAAUC